CUUCAGCUGAUCAUCGUGUUUUAGCAUUCGUGUGUGAAUUAUGAUUGAAUAAAUCUAUAGUGAUAAAUAAGUGUAUUAACUGUGUGAAUAACUAUUAUGGAAUCUACGGAAAUUUUAGUGAAUAGUAGUGAUAUAGUUGCAGAAUCAACAGGUGAGAAAUUGAUUAAUAAUCAUAUAAUCAAUACUGAUUUACAUAUUCAAACUAAAACAAGUGAUUCAGAUAAUUUCGUAAUGUCGAAUGUAAACAAUCAGACAGUUGAAGUAAGUGGAGCAACAAGUGAGGCCAUGAGUGUAGACUCCUCUUCUGAUACAGAAAAUCGAGGUGUAGAAAAUAUGGAUAGAAAUUUCCGUGAUCAAAAUAAUGAUAGUAGAAAAGAUUCGGAUGACCAUGAUGAUGAUAGGGACGUAAAUAACUUAAAUAUAAAACGUAGAAGUAGGUUUAGAACUAUCAUUGACAGUGACUCUGAAGAUGAUCUCAUAAAGAACUCGGUUUCUGAGAUGCAUGAGGAUAUUAGUAGUUCCAAAGUUAAAAAACGAAUUAAUAGUGACUCUGAUAGUGAUCAUAAUGAAGAAAUAAACAACAGUAAAAAUAGUGAAGAUGUUGAAGAUACUUCAACAAAGACUGAAAAUCUAGAAAACCUUAAUAACAAUAAAUCAAAAAAAUUCAGUACUUUAAUUGAUUCUGAUUCUGAAGAUGAAAGUUAUGCUAGUAAUAAAAUCGUUGAUAAACAAAUACCUGAAGAGGAAUCUGAAGACGAAAGUAGUUCUAAAAAAAAAUCUAAAAAAGAUAAAGGAGAGAAACCAAAAAAGAAAACUGGAUCUAAACGAGCAGCAAAAGAUGAAGCAAUGAAACAAAUUCAUAGUGAAACUCAACGAUUGAUUCGUGAAUCUUCUGUAUCAUUACCAUAUCAUAAAGCAAAACAAAGGACUUUAGAAGAAUUUUUGAACAGGAAAAAAAUUGUAUUGGGUCUACCUAGAACUCUUACGUCGACUGCCAGGUUGAAAAUGUCUGCUGCAAUCGUGGAUGAAGCAUUGAAAGAAAAGAAAAAAGAAGCUGAACAAUUUUUUAAAUCUGAUUCAGAGGAUGAGAAUUCUGAUGGUGGUCUUCAGUUCAAAGAUUCUCCAGAAAAAUUGUCUUCCAAUAAUGAAACAUGUAAUGAAACAAAAGACCCUGGAACGAAUAUUCUUCAAGAAGAUUUAAACGAAAAAGACAUUCCAGAUGCUAAAGCUGCUGCUUCUAGACGACUAUUUGAUGAUGAUAGUAACGUUGAUUUACCUGAACUAAAGCCUACCACUGAAGAAACCGUGGAGAUUGAUAAAGAUAGUAAGUUAUUGUCUCCAGAAAUCCAGAAAUCUUCUGCUCUACUAUUGAAAUCUUUAACUACUAUGAAUGAUGAUCAAAUAUAUGAUUCCGAAAACAAAAAUAAAUCUGAUGUUAAUACAGAUAAAAACGAUUGUCAUGAAAAUUCACAAGAAGCCAAAGUUGUUACUAGUAUUUUAUCGUCUGACUCUAAUAAAUUAACGGAUGAAGAUGAGGAACUAUUAAAUGCCAAAAUAAUGACUGAUGAUGAGAUUGAAAAAUUGAUUGAAGUAGAAUCUAAAAUGAACGAAGAUUCAUUAUCCCACUCUUCAACACCUGAGCAAAGUAAUAAAGAAAACGAAGAUCCGGAUGAAGUGGUCCUAGGUUCACCACUUCCUGAUUAUUGUAAUUCUGAAAAGACAACUGAAGCUCCAAAAGCAUCUGUGACAAAUGUUAAAAAGAAUUUAUUAUUAAACGUUCCUAAUAUUAAACCAAAAUUACGAGGAGGUCCAGGAAUGGUCAUAGAUUUGACUAAUGAAGUCAAACCUAAUAAAGAAGCUAUAAAUAGUUUAAUGGAUCGAUUUUUAAUAAAACAUUCAGCCACUAAUAAGCAUGUCGAGAAUGAUCGUGACAUUACUAUUUUUCAAACCGAGACUACAUCUGAGGGAAUCAAAGUUGUUAAAGAUGUUGUUCCUUAUAAAGUUUCUACUAAUGAGACUGAGGAUCCAGAAUUAAGCAAACCAGGAGCAAAAUUAGUACGUUUGAAAGAAGAUUUGAAGAAGAAAAUGCUAAACAAAAGGAAUGAAGAGUGGAAGUUGAAGGAACGACAAUUUGUUGACGAAGAAGAAGAAGAAGAAGGAAUUGAUGACGAUUAUGAAUUUGAAGAAAAACAUUCAAAAUUAGAAGAUGCUGACGAAGAUGCUGAAGAAAGUGAACCUGAAGAAGAUGAUAUGCCUAUUAAGGAAAAUAAACGAAAAUACUGUGAAUUUGGAGAUGAUGAAGCUGAAGUUAGUGAAGAAGAAAAUGUUGAUUUGAGUGAUGACGAGAAUGAAGAAGAUGAUGAAGAAGAGGAAGAUGAAGACAAAGCUAAAGAAGAUGAAAUUGAGGAUGACGAAGAUGACAGCAAAGAGGAAGCAUCCAAAAAAUUCAGUAGAAUUGUUACAAUCGAUGAUGAAUCUAAUUCUGAUAAUGAACAAUCUAAGAAUUCUGAAAUUAUAGAGUCCAAAAAGCCAUUUGAACGAACAAAAACAGAUGUUGAUAUUUUUGAAGAUGAAGAAGAUUUACCAUCUUACCAACCAAUUCGAAGUGAUACAGAAAUGAAUAGUCAAAUUUAUAAGACUCCUUUCAAUCCUAGUCAUCCACAAUCUUUGCAGUCACAGUGUAAUCAAUAUUCAUUCUUCAGUUCUAAGUCUUUGGGUAUUGAGUCACCGGCGAAAUCAAUCCCAAGCCUAAUGAAUAGUUGGGAUAUCGAUAGUACUCAAACGCAAACACAUGAGUCAGACAAAAAAUUAUUCCAAUCUCAAGAUAAAAAUAUUACUGAAGAGGAGUUAAUGGCUUUGUGUUCUGGGAAUUUUACACAGUCAAAUAAUAUCCAAUCAAAUAACUUUACUCCAAAAUUGACUGGCUUAGUUGAUUCUAAACCUGAUGAACCUAUUUCUGAGUCUCAACUUUUAGAUAUGUGCUCAGGAAAAUUUCAAACUCAAGCUUCACAAAAGCAAUGUAUUGAAAAUACUGAUGAAACAUCUCAAGAUUUUAAAUUAACAUUUGAUGAAAACUCACGUGAUCAUUCCGAUAAUAUUUUAAAAGAAAAAGAAACUAAAACGACACCAUGGCAGUCAUUGCAUAUUGCUUCAUCCUCAGAGGAUGAGGACAUUGAAAAAGGUAAUGAAAAAAUAAGUGCAAAGAAAGAGUUGAAGAAAAAGAAAAAAGUUAAGCAGCUGGUUCUGUCUGACGAUGAGGAGGAUGGAGAUAAAGUUAAUUCAAGUGAUGAAGAAGAUGAAGAUAUAGAGAGUGAGGAUGAAGAAAAAUUCAUUGAUUAUGACUCUGAAGAAAAUGAAGUAGUUGUCGUACCAAAGAAAGAUAUAAAAAAGGUGGCGGCUAAUUUUCUUGAAGCUGAAGCUGAAUUGAGUGAGAGCGAAUGGGGAUCAGAGGAUGAAGAUGAAAAAGGUCUUGAUAAAUUUGAAUUAGAAGAUGGAGAUGAUGAAGAAAUCGAUGAGGAUCAAAUGCGUGAUCAGUUGGGAAAAAUGCAUGCAAGACAAAUUUUAGAUGACGAUCAAAGAGACGUUAGGAUGCUUAAAGAAUUAUUGUUUGAAGAUGGAGAUCUACAUACUGAUGGCUCAGGCCGUGAACGUAAAUUUAAAUGGAAAAACAUUGAUAGCUUAUCUGAAGAGAUUUUAUUAAAGCCGAUGGAUGAAGAUGAUAUUGACAAUCCAAUAGAUCCAAAUGAAAUAGCAAAUGAAAUGGAAUGGCGAAAAUUCAGAUUAGAACGUGAGAAAUUUUUAGAAGAAAAAAUUCGAUCUGCUGAUGAUGACUUAUUGUGUGAAGAGAUGACAUCAAGUGGAAGUUUAUUCAAAUUAGGAAUGAAAGUUUUGAAGAAGAAAGGAAGUAAUGCUGAGCAGAAAAGCGUGGAAAUUACGUCAAGUAAAACAAUCAUUCCUAGAACAGUAUCACAACUAAUGAGCACUCCCGUUGGAGAAAAAUCUAAAUUAUUGCAUAAUGCUAUGAAAAAAGGAUCAUUUUUAGCUCGAGGCGACGAAGCAUUGGCACGACUUGCAGUGGUUGUAAAGCAAACUGAUAAUGUUAUAUUAAAUACCAAUCAGUCAAAGAAUUUCUUGUUUGCUCAUAUAAGUCCAUCAGUGAAUGAUGCAAGGGAGGACGAAAAGCAAGAAGAAACUGAAGAUGAUCAACAAUCUGAUAAUAAGACACGAAAACGUAAACCUCCAGGUGGUGGGACUCCAAGGACAACAAAGAAAGCGAAAACUGAAGGAAAUCGAUUAGGAAAAAAAUUAUUUUAAAUAUACAUCCUCUUCAAGAGUGCAUUAUUGUUGAAUUAUUUAAACAAUAUUAGUCUGAUAAUUUAUCAAUAGACCGACGUGUAUAAUUUAUAAGAAUUCGCUAUCGUGUAAUGAUCACAAUGCCUAGAAUAUUAUAUGGACGAGAAAGGGACAAUAAUGCCGAGUGUAUUUAAUGUAACUUUAUCCAAUAAUGCACAUCCUGGCCUAGGGCAGAGACGCGUGUUCCCUGCAUUCGAUCGACAAACACAUUCAAGCCGGAGGUAGCUAAAGGUAUUUCAAGAACUAGAAGAGUUAUUUUCAACCAUCAUGAUACACUUUUUGGAAAAAUGUCUUUGAAAGAUGAAUAAAGAACAUUAGUUGUUGAUCGUUUAGCAAACAAUGCCAUGCUUUUGAAGAAGAAAGUGACCACAAUAUCUCUUGUAUUCCUUUGAGUACAAACAUCUUGAAGGAUAAUAACUAUAAAAGCUCUAAGAAAGCACGUUUCACACGUUCAUGAUGCUGCAAAUAUUUUACCAAGAAAGACAACAUGCAUCACCACCGGAAUGCAACUAUUUGAUGGGAAAAGCCCUCAUGGUUGAUAGAAAAAUGCCAUAGGGGAAAAACUGAUUACUUUCCCAUCAGCCACUGCAUCUAUUCCCUUCAAUGACAACUUACUUUUGGAGCAUCAAUUGUCAAAUGCAAAAAGAUUGCUUCUAGCUUUGAACAUUUGUGACAGCCCAAUAGAUUCAGUAAUCACUUUGAUGUAGUCAAGCUGCUAGAACUCUAGAGGAAUUUAAUUGUUUAUUAACAAAAUAUUUUUAUAAAGUUUCACUGGUUUACAUGAUGAGAUGAAAAAUCAAUAAAUUUAUUCAAACCAUUUGAAUUAAAUUCAUUGAAUAGAAUUAAAGCUGAACACUGCAUUGUAAGAUCAUAACCAGCAAUAAUUUUCAAUCUAGCACUCUCUAGAUGUGCCAUAUGGCUGAGUGUUGCACGUGAUUCGAUAGUGCGAAUCACCAUAAUCGUUCAACGAAAAUACUCCCAUGUGUCGGCAUCAUAAGGGGUUGGUGGAUGGUGGGAACGUUGGUGCAGCAACAGCUCUUCAAGGGAUAACAUCAAGGUGCCUGGUAACAACCCUCAUCGUCUCGGUCAUGUUCCUACACCCUUUCUCAUGGUCAUCAACGUCAGCCUGGUGCAUAAAUAAGUGUGAAAGCUUCCUACUGCGACUUAAAUCAAUUACACAAAAGAUGUCCUGAGUCAUGAUGCAUUUUUGGUGAUUUGGAUCCAUGAAUACACAGGCAAAAUAAAUUUUAUAAUUUAUUAUACAAAAGACACCUAGUGGUUGUGUAAACUAUUCUGACAUCAAAAGGUCUAGAUGACUAGAGUUCUACAAUAAUUAAGAAUCUUAUUUUUUAUUAUGCGCACGUGCUGUGUUUUUUUUUUCUUUUAUAUUAGGUUUAUAGAUCUAUUGAUGAUCUAAAAAAAAACCACCCACGAAUAAAUCGAACAGCAGGGCCUUUAGAGUAAGACUGGAGUGUUAGUAUUUUUUCAUCAUGUUGGCAUACGUCUACUCUGAUGUCUAUAGCUACAAUAAGGAAGGGCAGAUGCAUUCUCUGUUCUUCCUAUGAACUGACUCAUGAAUUAUUUCAAUCAAUUUUUUAUUUACAGUAUCAAAUAUUUUUAAAGAAACAUAAUACGUCAGUUUACAUACGAAGGGAAGAGUUUAUUUUAUAGAGAAAAAAAUUCUUGUU